AUGUCGGUUCGAUUCGCGUUUCAAAAGAAUUCCAACAAGAAAGUUAGUACAGCCUACGGUAUCGUGGAGGCCAUCACCAACUGCAUUGAUUCCCAGCAGCCGCUUUCUAGCGAUUCAACAAGCGCGGGAGCGCAUUCUCAUACAAACCAGUCGACACUGUCACAAGCACCCGACAUUCCGUCUUCGGCCUGCACACGGUCCUCUAGUCCUUCCUCUCAUACCGGCUCGCAAUACUCUACCUACACUGCCGGAACCACUCAAGAUGAUAUCGCAGCUGGUGUGGACGAAUGUUCCAGGGGCGGCGAGGCCUGGCUGCAGCUUAAAGCUGUCGACAUACCCUCUAGUUACCAGCUUGGACGUCUCAGCGUGAACAAUACAGUGGCACUAGAGCUCUUUCAACAGUCAGUAUAG